GUGAAUGAGAAUGCUGACAUUGUAGCAUGGUCGACGGCCCAGCAAUGGGUUUUCGCGCAUACCUCUUUGCUUUCGGCUGAAGCACACACCGACACAAGCUCAUAAGCACACACAAGUGAGCAAAAAAUAUUAGCAUUGGCCUAACCACCAUCGUGGCCUGUUGUUGUUAGCUUUAAUAACUUCUUCUGGUGAUGCCGCCGCCGCCGUCGCUUUCAUGCUGUGAGUUCUCGUUCGGCUUGAGCAGCAGCAGCAGUUCAUUGCAACAACAGUCGCACUCAUUCAUUGAACACGUUCAGUUGUUGAACGCUCGAUUGCGCGGUUGAUACCCACCAGAUUGACGUGCGCGUGCAGUGGCUAUACUUACGUGUGUGUGUUGAGGUUUGUGGCGCAAAUUCAUAGAAUAAGUAAUUUUUAAGGAUUUUGUGCUAUAUUUUAGUGGUGCUUAGGAAAAAAGUUAAAUAAAAAACGUUUUGAAAAAGAUUAUUGGAUGGUCAAAAAUUCAGUGCAACCGGAUUUUCGGCAGUGAUUUAUUUUAGUACAGUUUAAUAGUGCAACAAAAGCAUAUCCCCAUUGCAACAUCCACCGAUUUAGUGGCGGGAAAGUGCUUAAAAGCAGCUGCAGUGAAAAACAAUAACAAAGCAAAGAUUUCCACGUAAACACACACAACUGCAUAUAUUUUAUACACAUAAGCAAACCUACGUCAUAAAUCAGCAAAAAGUAAUACCAAACAACAGCUAAACAGCUGCCUCUGCAAAAUUUCUAAUUGUUUAGCAUAAACCAAUUAACGACUUAAUAGUCGAAAUAAUUACACACAUAAGACACACACAAACAUGGAGACUGAAUCGCUUAAUCGGAAAAAUUCCUCACGGAAAAGUUCGGUAAUCAAUGGUAAUGGCGAUGCGCCGACAAAGGUGACGACGGAAGGCGAGGCCGGCGGCGGUGGCGGCGGCGGAGAGGUGACUUUAAAGGCGAAAAUGAGUUUGAUUAACGGCUGUACUGUCAUCGUCGGUUCAAUCAUCGGCUCCGGCAUCUUCGUGUCGCCCACCGGCGUACUGCGCUAUACCGGAAGUGUGAAUUUGUCGCUGAUCGUGUGGGUAAUUUCCGGCCUCUUUUCAAUGGUCGGCGCUUACUGCUAUGCUGAGUUGGGCACAAUGAUCACUAAGUCUGGUGCAGAUUAUGCCUACAUCAUGGAGACAUUCGGUCCCUUCAUGGCCUUCAUACGUCUGUGGAUCGAGUGUAUGAUUGUGCGUCCCUGCUCACAGGCGAUUGUGGCGCUCACUUUCAGUGUGUAUGUGAUGAAACCGUUCUUUCCGGAUUGCCAGCCACCAGAUGAUUCAGCGCGCAUGUUGGCCGUGUGUUGCAUAUUGGUGCUAACUUUCGUUAACUGCUGGGACGUUAAAUGGGCCACCGCUGUGCAGGACAUCUUCACAUAUGCGAAGCUAUUGGCGCUCUUCAUCAUCAUCGCCACCGGCGUGUAUCAAUUGUACUUGGGCAAAUUGGAAUAUUUUACAUUCGAGAAUACGGACACAAAAGUGACAUCGCUAGCGCUGUCCUUCUAUUCCGGUUUGUUUGCUUACAAUGGUUGGAAUUACUUGAACUUUAUUAUUGAAGAACUGAAGGACCCGGUAAAGAAUUUGCCACGCGCAAUCGCCAUAUCCUGUACUCUGGUCACAAUUGUCUAUGUUAUGGCCAACGUUGCCUUCUAUACCGUUCUGUCGCCAGAAGAGGUUCUCGGUUCGGCCGCUGUGGCGGUGACGUAUGCGGAGCGCGCAUUCGGCAUAUUUGCGUGGACGGUACCAGUUUUCGUUGCUCUGUCUACCUUCGGUGCCGUGAAUGGUAUUUUGCUUACCUCCUCUCGUUUGUUCUACGCUGGCGCCAAUGAAGGUCAAAUGCCGGAAAUCUUAACAAUGAUUCAGAUACAACGAUUUACGCCCACACCUGCUGUGCUGAUAAUGGCGCUGCUGUCGAUGUUGUACCUCACAGUCUCUGAUAUUUUCGCGCUUAUCAAUUAUGUGGGCUUUGCCACUUGGUUGAGCAUAGGCGUUUCUGUUCUCUGUCUUCCCUGGUUGCGUUAUGCUCAACCCAAUUUGCCACGCCCCAUACGCGUACCGCUCGUUUUUCCCGUUAUUUAUCUACUCGCCACCAUUUUUGUCACCGUUGUGCCCAUGUACGCUAGCCCUGUGGAAACCGGUUAUGGCAUCCUAAUGAUUUUGAGCAGCAUACCUGUCUAUUUGGUGUUCAUCGCGUGGAAAAACAAACCGAUUUGGUUCCAGAAAACAAUGGUGAGCCUCACACGUUUCCUACAGAAGACGCUAAUGGUAGUCGGCAAAAGUAAACCAGCUCAGGUGUAAAUGUCAUAACCAUGGAUUCAUUGCAUUAAAUACACACAUAUAUACUACAUAUGCAUAAUAUAUAUAUACAUAAACCGUGCAGUCAUGUACGAUUUCUUACAAGGCAUUUAAGAAUUUAUAUAAUGUAGGCUCUCAGUGUAGUGAUUACCUAUAUGAAUAAUAUAAUUUUUAAACAGGAAUGAUGCAAAGCAGAAAGAACUAUUAAAAAGCUUUUGUGAAAUUAAGCUCCGUUAUACAAUAAUCUUAAGUACUUUAAGAUGGCUAAAAGAUAUAAAAAUUUGUUUGAAAUGGAAAAAUAUGCAUAAACUGUUAUUCGAACUUUUGGAGGGGACCACCACCAAAAAAAAAUAAAACCAGUGAUUUUUGAAUAAAAAAGAAUAAUAAAAAGUAAUAAUGAUAGUGUUCACGUACAUUUUUAAUAAAUUAGUUUUUUCAGUGACUCCAUAGAGAAAGCUUUCAUGCUGGAAAACCGAAUUAAAUAACAUAUAAUUUUUAAGCAAACAUUUCAAUAUGCUGUGAAUAUCCCUAAUACAAUGAAAUAGUCCAGUGCUGCUCAUUGCAUGCUUAAUAUUUAAUUUAAGAGAUUUUUAGCGCAGAGCCACUAAUAAUUAAGUAUUUUUUUAAUGGAAAUAGUAGUAAUGUAAGCUGAAGGAUUUUAGGAGCAUAUUAAAUGCAUAUUAAAUGUGGUAUUGAUGCUUCAAAUAUACCCGAAAUAAUAUGGAAUUACUCUAAACAUUUUGAUCCAGCUCCGCAUGUCCAAGCUUAAAGCUUUUAAAGUUAAACUCUCGAGAAGGGAAGCAGUACAAAUAAAAAAACUGGAGAUUUAAAACUCAUAUUUCAGUAUAUAUGAAUAUACCUAAUUUAUAUAUUAAGCGAUUUGCUUUUAACUAUCUCAAAUAAAAAUAUAUAUAAACUUUGAUAUGUUUUUCUUUAAGUUAAAGCUAUUUAAAUUUAAGUUAAGCUUUUUUAAACAUUUUAAUGCAACCAUUUUUCAAAAGCAAAAUUAAUUUUCACAUAUGAAAAAAACUUUUUUGUAAAAUAAAGUUAAUAAUUUCAUCAUAUGGUUUUAUUUUGUAAUUAUUUUAAAAUUAAAAGAUAACGCAGAGAAAAGUGUAUUAUACGAUUUCAUUAUUCAUAAUAAUGUUUUGGUCAUCACGCCUACGAACGGUUUUGUUGAACCUACUAAAAAAGCGUCACGGAAUAAGCGCGCCACAAGCAUUAAAUUAAGCUACGAAGGUGGUAGAGAAGGGUUUUAUACGUUCGGGUGUAAAAAUUCUCAAAAGGGGCAUGGUAGCGCCCACCUUUAGGUGAAAUUGUAUAUUACAGGAUCUACUAGAACGAAUCUGAAAUUCAGAAAGAAUCUCUUUCUAAUAACAGUUUAUUUUCUAACCCAACGUGAAUGAAAUCAGGGCAAUACUGGCCCUGGGCCCAUAUAGCUUAUAUUCGGAUUUUCAAACAUCCGCUUAACUUUAUGCCUUAUAUAAUAUAUUGGUCAAUCAGAGAGGUUUCUUAAUUUGCAAAUUGCGAGUGUAUGAAAUUUACGGUUACACCCGAACUCAACCCUUCCUUACGUGUUACUAUUACUAUUUUUCUCCAAAAUAGUAUUUACCGAAAUUUUUAGGAUUUCAGCGGCUGCCAAAUUUUCUUAAAGAUCUUUGAGUCCUCACUUGAAUCAUAUAUAAAAUCAGUUUGCAAAUUAACCAAAACAGCACCUGUAAAUUUGAGUUUGACAAUUUUUUUAUAAUUUUAUUAUUAUAUACAUAUGCAAUUUCUUUUAGAGAAGAUAAUAUUCGUAGCGACGAGUUUCUUUUUAACUUUUCAUUGAAUUUUUACAAGUAAUUUGAAUAUUUUAAUAAAAAUAACACAUAUAUAAAAAAGAAGUUUAUUUAAUUUUUUUAAUUUUUGCUUACUUAAUUGAUAAGCUUUAAAGAUUAUAUAUUCAAAUAUGUUUGACGAUUUUAAAAAUGAGUCUUUGAUGCAUCCUGUUUAAUAAUUAGCGGAGUCAGAUAUUUUUAAAAUUGAAAGGUAAAAAUAAUAUUUCGGAAUAUUUAACAAAAAAGUUUAUAACAAAAAAAAGUAUGUAACAAAUGUAUGCCAGUUAGAACAAAACGUUUGCUUAAAACAUACAAUAGGUAUAUAUAUAAUUUUUUUGAUUUUUUAUAUAUUUUUCAAAUGUUUCAUAAUUCAAGAAAUUAAAAAAGUUAAUUAUAAAAAAUACGUUCGAAAUAUAUAUAAUAUGUAUGUUGUUAAAAAAAUAUGUUUCUCAAUUUUUCAAAAUAAUUUAAUUAGACCUUAAUAAACAAAAACCACGAUACAACUUUUUAGUAUACCUAUUUGCGACUAAUUACAUUUGGUUUCACAUACAAUAUGUUAAAAUGUUUAUAAUCUUUUAAUAAUUUGAAAAAUUUACUUAAAAAAUUUAUUAAAUAUAAUUAUUUACACUUUUCAUAUAAUGUAUAUUUUUUUUAAUUUUUAUCAAAACUAAAAGAACUUUUGGGAAACUACUCAUACAUUUUCGAACAGCUGAUUUUAACACGCUUACCUCUAUAUACACACAUACAUGAGUACACACCAACCCAUUUGUGACUGCCAGCAUUAAAUCAGCAAUAAAAGGCAGCCAAAAUUCCAAAAUAAAGUCCAGGUGAUUUAAAAACUUUGAGAAAGAUAUUAGUGUCUACAUAUUUAGUUAUGUGUAUGCUAACAUAUGUAUAUAUAAAACAUAUCUACCAUAGAAAAUUUUGUAGAAAAUCGUUGUAUGAACAACAAACUUUAAAACUAACACAACACUACUGACUACCUGAGCGCUCGAACAAAAAAUUGAAAUCCUCUUAGAGUCUUAAAUUAAUGUUUUCCAUUUGCUAUAGCUGUUCUUUGUUAUGUGUUCCGUUGGUUGCUUCUGUAACUCAGUUAAAACAGCAAAUAAAACACAAGGUCUAAAAUGUUUGGAUUAUUGCAUAACCAGCAGAAAUUAUAUAAGAAAAUAUAAAUAAUAUACAUAGAAACUAAAAAUUUUAAAAAUAUGUAUAAGAAACACUAUGUAACUAAGUAAAUAUAUAACUGUAUAUGUUUGUAUGAUAUUGAAAUACUACCAAAUGCUAAAGAUGUAUUGGAAAAAUUGUUGACAAUAAUAUUAUCAUUACGAUUACAUAAUGUAUAUUAAUAUAUGUUUUUAUGUAUACAAAAUUACUCACUAUUUAGUCAUUGCGCCAUUGCAUGUUUGAAAUUUAAUAAAGUGCUGCAUACACUGUGAGAAAUGAAUGCGAACAAUUAACUUGCAAAACUGAUUUACUGCACACACAUAUACAUAUAUAACAUAUUAUAUAUUAAAUAAUACUGCAUUUUAUUAGAGAAUUGUAUUAAUAGCUGUUAGAAUUCAAUUAAACGUAAAUUUUAUUUGCAGUGUAAAACAGAAAAUGUAAAAAAAAUGUGCUCAAAUUAAUUUCAUUCGCUUACAGCCAGGUGUAAUGGAAUUGAUUUGCCCCAUACUAAAUACAAAUGAAAGAAAAAUAAAUAUAAAUACAUACAUACAUGAUACCAAAGCAAUGAAGACACAGCGAAA